UUUCUGUCACUAUCGCGUUUUGGUAAAUAAAACUUGUUAGCUCUAUACCAUCCGUGUAAAUUAAAAUUUGAGGGAAAAAAAACAAAAAAAUUCUAUGAAAAAUGGGCGAAAAACGAAAAUACAUGGAAGAUGAGUUAUCUAGGUUCGAAGCUGAGAUUUCUAGUGCAUCAUCAAGCAAUGGACCGAGUUCCAGUUCCAACAAUAUGUUCAUUCCACAUCAGUUAAGACCCGUUGUUUGUGCGAAUACAUACAGUCAAGUUCAACAAAAGCUGCAACAACAUCCGCCAUCGAGACAUGCUCCUGUAUUGAACAAUGUGCCGCCUCCACCAAUCGCACCAACAUUCGUGUCCACAUUUAUGCCACAUGAUCAUUCAGCACCGCCAGAAAAGUCAUAUUGUUCCGAGCCGACACCGGUUGUCUUGAGCAGUGCACCAAAAUUAUACACGAAUCGAUUGUCCAUUAAUCCAACCGAAGCGAAAAUUGCACCUCAGAUCGAUAUUUCUACAAUUCAAUUCGAUGUAACACAAAAAUUGAAAAAACUUAAAACAGAGAAAACAAACGGUCCAAAUCCAAUCGCCGAAGCAGCCAUUCAAGCGGCCAAAGCAUCGUCAGCUUUGCAAAACUUCCAAAUCAACGAAAAACGGAAGAAAGAUAAAAAGGCGGUUAGAAUGGCAGGCGGAGUUGUUUGGGAAGAUCCGAGUUUGGCCGAUUGGGAUGGUGAUGAUUUUCGUAUUUUUUGCGGAGAUUUGGGAAACGAUGUCAAUGAUGAACUGUUAACACGAACUUUCAACAAAUAUCCAUCAUUUCAAAAAGCAAAAGUCAUACGAGACAAACGAACCGGCAAAUCAAAAGGUUUUGGCUUCGUUAGUUUCAAAGAACCGCCGGAUUUCAUUCGAGCCAUGAAGGAAAUGGAUGGUCGAUACGUCGGAAGUCGGCCGAUAAAAUUGCGCAAAAGCACUUGGAGGCAGCGAAGCUUGGAUGUGGUCAAACGAAAGGAAAAGGAAAAGGCACAACUUUUACAAAUGUUUAAUAAAUAAAUGAACCACAGCAAUUUGUUCGGAGAAUGUUUUGAUUUGAUUCGGUUUAGGUGUAAAAAUUGAAUGUAAUCCGGUCAAUCCUGGAAAAUUGAAAAUCAUUGUUUUGGAUUUAUUGAUCGAAAAUAAAUAUCUUUACCUAUGAACCAAGAAAAUUAGACUAAAUAAAAAUCAA